UCCUGCGCCCAGGUAGAAUAAACACAUAAUAAAAAUCGGUUUAUUACUUUGUUAAUGGGAAUGACAUUUUGAACAUGUAACCAUCUCCUUCUGUGUUUAAAAAUAAUUAAUAUAAAAAGAGAACGCAAUCGUUUCGAUUAAAAUAUAUCUCCGGGUAGGAGGUCAAUUGAACAGCCGUCAAUUUCUUUGAUGUGUGUCUGCCAGCCAUAUUUUGUAGUGAUUGGAACUGAUCAGUGUAUUUCUGUGACGAAAUGGCGGUAUUUAUGAUCAGUGACACAUUUUAUUGGGACAAGAAAAUGUGAGAAGGUAACAUUUCGAAUGUAAUAUUCAACAUCCAGAUGAUAAUUCUAAACCAAAUAUUAUUUUUCAUUCACGCUUUUCAUCGGACUUACCUGUAAAUUAUUAGACACGCUAAAUGUGCAUAGUGAAGUAACGGUCGAGACGCACCGGUAAAUAAUUCAGCAUGGAUGGCUUUUCCAAUAUCUUGAAGAAAUGUGCAUUGUACAUAUUUGUGAGUUUGAUUUUAAACACAUCUUGUAUUUAUUGUGCUCUUAUUAAAGUAUCAGAUCAUUUAAUACCUGGAACAAAAUUAUUCGAUUCACAACACGGGAAAGGAUGGACUUACUCUAUUUACAAUGAAAAUUUAAAAGAUUUUUCAAAUGACUUUCUUGUCAUAAAUUCAAAAACAGGUGCAGUUUAUUUGAAUAAACCUGUAUAUUGUGAACAAUAUGACAAUCCAAUGUAUUAUAGUAUUUUAUCCAAAAAGAGUUCAUAUUUAGAUAAUUCAUCUAAUAUAACUAGAACUCCCUUGAAGUUAAUAUUGGAAGGACAAAAAUGCAAAGUUCCAAAUCACAGAAAAUUUGGAAGACGGAAAGUUAGUGAUGUUCAUCACAUUGAAAUACAGAAAAAAUUUAAAAAGUGCUUUACACAGUAUCAAAAUAUAUUAACGCUGAUGGACUUAACUUCAUUCAAUCAUCAAACUUGUAAAAUAUUGGAUGUCAGUUUUGACAAUUCGUCUUAUUCAUUCAACACAGAUAUUGGUGCUAUUUUAACCACUAAGGAAAUUUGCUUCAAAUCUAGUAACAUAACAUUAUUUGGAAAUGUUCUCGUAUCUUGUCAAAACAAAUUGGAAAUGGUUCCAAUAAGCAUUCUACUUCAAAAUAUGCAAGAUUCAGACAACUUUGAUAUGAUGUCUUUUGAAGAAAUUGAUAUGAAAUUUAAUAUUCAUCGACGAUUUCGCAGACAAACUCAAAAUCAAGAGCCUUCAUUUGCCCAACAACAAUACAUAGCGAAUGUCAAAGAGGAACAGAAUCCUGGAGUAACGGUUAUAUCAAUAACAGCUACCGACCCCGAUUCAGGAGACGCAGGAACUUUAACAUACACAAUGAGUGCUCAGUCAGACCAGAGAAGUGAUGAAAUGUUUGCAAUCAAUCCAAUUACAGGAACUGUUAAUACAACCAAAAGACUUGAUAGAGAAUCAAUUCAGACUCAUUAUUUUAAAGUUGUGGCAACAGAUAACGGCCAGCCUCAGAGAAAUGCCUACACCUUGCUCAUUGUUAAAGUAAUAGAUGUAAAUGACCAUAAACCUGCUUUUGAUCAAAAUGUAUAUUACCAGGAUUUACCGGAAAAUGUACAACUUGGAACAACGGUAAUAACAAUUCGGGCUACGGACGGAGACCAAGGAGACAACGCUGUCAUCACAUACAGAAUCAUAAAUCCAACAGGCAAUAAUGAUGCGUUUAUGAUAGAUCCUUCAUCUGGAAGUGUGACAACAAAACAAACCAUAGACCGGGAAAAAAUAGAUGCUUACCAGUUGUUGAUUCAGGCUAUCGAUAACGCUGAUGUAACAUCAAGAAUGUCAUCAACAGCCACGCUCAAUAUUAAAGUGAUGGACGACAAUGAUAACAAACCUGUCUUCAAUCAGUCGUCCUAUACCGUAACCAUUUCUGAAGAUCACAACUAUAGUAAUGAUCCAGUGAUUGCUACUGUGCUUGCUACAGAUAUGGACUCUGGAGUGAAUAAAUUGAUCACAUAUGACAUCAUAGGAGAUACUGGAAAUACUUUUAGUGUGAACAGAAAUACUGGUCAACUAUCACUGCUCCGGUCCCUUGAUUAUGAAUCAAAAAAGGAAUAUGUUGUAAAUAUACGAGCAACAGAUGGAGGUUCUCCUCCAGAAAUAAGUACAGUUACUGUUACCAUUGAUGUGAAAGAUGUUAAUGACAAUGAUCCUGAAUUUUACUCUGCACCUUAUCAAGAAUCUGUGUUGGAAAAUGUAGCUAUAAAUUCUUCUGUUGUUUUUGUAGCAGCACAUGAUGCUGAUUCUGGCGAAAACGGAGAAAUUGAAUACAGCAUUAUAAACAUGCCUGUUAACUUUCCUUUUCGCAUAAACCCAAAAAAUGGCGAGAUCAUAGUGAAGUCUGCAUUAGAUCGAGAAGCAGUUGAAAAUUAUAAUUUUGUUGUUAUGGCUAAAGAUAAAGGAAAUCCACGACGCUCUGCAACAACAAAUGUACAGAUAACCAUUCGAGAUGUGAACGACAACAACCCAAAGUUUGCUAAGAAAUUUUACAAUGCAAGCGUUCCAGAAGAUGCACCGAUAACACAUAGGAUACUGAAUGUGAUGGCCACUGAUGCAGACGCAGGUGAAAAUGCUCUCAUAACAUAUUCUAUUUACAGUGGGGAUAAUCUAGGGAUGUUUAGAAUAAGCCCAUCAAAUGGAGAGGGAUUAAUAACAUUAGCUGGAAAAUUGGAUUUUAAGGUCCAGGGUCAGUACAUAUUGACCAUCCGAGCAACAGAUUCUCAAGGACUGUUUGACACUGCAGAGGUUGUAAUAAAAGUACUUGACACUAAUCAGAAUCGUCCAGAAUUUCAGGGAACACCUUACACAUUUCAGGUCGAUGAAAAUACACAAGUUGGUACCUCAGUAUACAAGGUCUUAGCUUUAGAUAAAGACAGUGGUGAAAAUGCUAGAAUUUCAUAUCAGCUUCAUGAUACAAUAAACUUUGCUAUAGAAGCCAAUACUGGGGUUAUAACCACUAGGGUCACCCUAGACCGUGAAGUAAUGCAGGGUACAACAUUUGUUGUCACAGCUAGCGAUCAUGGAAUACCAGCUCUCACAGCUACAACAGAUAUUCAAGUACAUAUUGGAGACGUCAAUGAUAAUGCACCAAUAUUUAACAAGAGGUCUUACAUUGCUGCUGUUAGUGAAGAUGUCACUGUCGGGACUCUAGUGGUUGAAAUUUCAGCAAGUGACAAAGAUAUUGAUCAAAAUGCUAAGAUUCUUUAUACCUUCGAUAAUGGUAAUAGUGGCAAUGGAGAUUUUGAAAUCGAUGGUGGAUCUGGAAAAAUAAGAACAGCCAAACUCUUAGAUCGUGAAGUUGUUCCAGUUUAUCAUUUAAAAGCAUAUGCAAAAGAUCUUGGUGUACCAUCUCAAUCCACUGCUGUAAAUAUAACCAUUAAUAUCCAGGAUGUCAACGAUAAUAGUCCAGACUUUGGCCAACAAGAGAAAGAAAUAUAUGUUCCUGAAAAUACUCCCAUCAAAACUAUAAUUGAUUAUUUUUCUGCGAGUGACCCUGAUGAAGGAGCUAAUGCUAUAGUUGAAUAUGAAAUACAAAACACAUUGGAUUAUAAAUUCUUUGAAUUGGAUUAUAAACAUGGCGAGCAAGCUAAGCUGAAAAAUUUAAUAAAGUUUGAUUAUGAAUCUAACCGAAAACGCUAUCAAAUUGAAGUACUCGCUACAUCUACACCUUUUUUUAGCCGAUUGAAGAUUAAUAUCAAUGUUCAGGAUGUCAAUGACAACAAACCAGUACUAAAAGACUUCUCCAUUAUCUUCAACAAUUAUAACGAAAAGUUCAUAACUGGAGUUAUUGGUCGUAUACCAGCCUAUGAUCCAGAUGAAUCCGACCGAAAUAAGUUAGUGUAUAAUUUCACAAUGGGAAAUGAAGCCAACUUUCUACAUCUUAACAGUACAUCUGGGGAGAUAACUCUGGAUGAUCGUUUAAAUUCUGAUAUUCCUAGGAAUGGAACCCUUAAAGUCAAAGUUUCUGAUGGACUCAAUGAGGCAAAAGCAACCUGUUAUUUGUAUGUUAGAUAUGUUUCCAUGGAGAUGCUCCAGAAUAGUGUAACUAUAAGACUCAGCAAUGUGACAAUAGCAGCAUUCAUGUCGCCUUUGUAUGAUUUCUUCGUUGAUGCUUUGGCUAACAUUUUAAAGACAGAGGAUAGAUUUCUAUAUGUUAUAAAUAUUGAGAAUGAUACAGAUGUUAAAAAUCAGGUGUUGAAUGUUAGUGUGUCUGUUAAAAAGAACGAUGGAUCCUUCUACAAUGCUGAAUACAUACAAGAACAAAUCUAUAUCCACAGAGUAGUACUUGCUGAACUCUCUACAUUAGAGGUUCUACCAUUUGAUGAUAAUGAGUGCUUGGUAGAGAUGUGUCCCUACUUUGACAACUGUAUAUCUAGUCUAUCCUAUGGAAGUGCAGAACCUUUCAUUAGUUCCGAUAUGAUGUUGUUUAGGCCUAUACGACCAGGAAAUGGAUAUAAAUGUGUUUGUCCUUUAGGGUUUGCAGGUAACAGCUCAGCUUUCUGUAGUUUGGAAGUAGACUUGUGUUACAGCAAUCCAUGUAGAAACAAUGGCCAGUGUAUAAGGAAAGAAGGAGGCUUCACAUGCAAAUGUGCUCAGAACUUUGCAGGAAAAUUUUGCGAGAUCAAUACCAAAGAAAAAUUUGAUGUAACAAAUUGUCCAAAUGACUUGUGUCAGAACUCUUUCCCUUGUGUACCUCUCAUCAAUGGUGGAUUUAGAUGUGAUGGCUGCCAACAAAUACAUUACAAUGAAUUCUGUCAACUGACAACUCGGAGGUUCACCAAAGGAUCUUAUCUGACAUUUCCAUCUUUGAAAUCCAGGAACCGAUUUAACAUAGAAUUAAGAUUUGCUACACAAGCUAAGAAUGCCUUGCUCUUUUACAAUGGACGCUUCAAUGAAAAGCAUGACUACAUUGCUCUGGAGAUAAUUGAUGAACAAGUCCAGUUCUCUUUCUCACUUGGCAAUAAUACAAUCAUAGUUAAUACUAACGUCCAAGGUGGUGUCAGUAAUGGUCAAUGGACAUGGGUCAGUGUGGACUACUUAAACAGAACUGCUACAUUAACAGUAGGUGAAGAUUGUGAUACAGCAAUAACUGUCAAAUUUGGACAUAGAUUAUCAUCAACAUAUAGAUGUGCUGCAGAAGGAAAAUCACUACUCCCUUCCUUAUGUGACAACCCAUCUGAAAGUUGUUUUAGACUGUUUGAUCUGACUGGUCCCCUGCAGAUUGGUGGCUUACCCAAGUUACCAGCACAGUUCCAGAUACAAACCAAAGAUUUUGAUGGAUGUAUUAAAGACUUCCACUUAGACAAUGCACUACUAGAUUUGAACCAAUCAGUAGCUAGUGUUGGUACAUCUCCUGGAUGUGAUGCUAAGAAACACUUUUGUAUUGGAGAUCCUUGCAAAAAUGGAGGAACUUGUUAUGAAGGAUGGGGGACAUAUAUUUGUCAAUGUGGACCAAACAAAAAAGGCAAAGACUGCACUGUUGAUAUAUCUGAGGGACCAAGGCGACUAGAAGGAUCUGGUUACUUGUCUUACCAACCCUCUUCAUUACCAAGCCCUACUAUUUACUUGGACUGGCAUAAUGGUAUAUCUUUCCGUACACGUAGUACUAAUGGUGUGCUGAUGCAUAUAGUGAUAACUGGUGGAAUAUCUGUUCUCAUGCAGUUGGAAGAUGGCUACAUCCACUAUAAUUAUACAGACAGUAAUGUCAAUGUUGGAUUUGUGUUUGAUCAUGUGAAGGUCAAUGAUGGUACCUGGCAUUAUUUUGAAGUUCGCUGGCUGAAAGUUUCAUCAGAACUGAUACAGAUCUUGGACUAUGGCCAUUGGACAAAAACUUUCACAAUCCAGCCUACCAUAGCAGGUAAACAGAUCCAGCAAGUGAUUGUAGGUGGCCAGAGACAGGGAACUGGACCAGUCAUCAACCAGUUUACAGGCUGUGUUCAGAAUGCCCUGGUAGGAAACAAUGGUUAUACAGGUCUGACUAAACCUGAUGUACACCAAGCACGUGAAGGAUGCGCUGUCGACAAUCCAUGUUCCAAUAACCCCUGUAGUAAUGGAGCCACAUGUGUAAAUGAGUGGGAACAGUAUUCUUGUAAAUGUCCACCAGGUACAAUUGGACCAAAUUGCCAGGAUAUCUGCCAGAACUACAAUCCUUGUGAGAACUUUGCAUUCUGUAGAAGUCCUUCACCAAAUUUGUAUGGGUACCAUUGUGAAUGUGGUGAAAAACUGAGUGGCCAGUAUUGUGAUGAAGUAAUCUUACAGCCAUGUCCAGACAACUGGUAUGGCUUUCCAAUCUGUGGACCAUGUAAUUGUCCCGAGGACAAAGGAUUCUCUGGUCACUGUGGCACUACCAAGAGAGAGUGUCGAUGCAAGUCUAACCAUUAUCACCCAGUUGGCAGUGAUAGAUGUUUGCCGUGUGACUGUUACAUGAAGGGUGUCGUUAAUCCCAUCAAUGACACAUGCCAUCCUGUGACAGGCCAAUGUCCUUGUAUGGAGUCUGUGGUUGGUCGACAGUGUAAUCAGUGUGAAAGUCCUUAUGCUGGUAUUACUUUACAAGAAAAAGAAAAAGGCUGUAAAGUGAUGUUUGAUGUCUGUCCCAGAAACUAUAUAGGAAAUGUAUGGUGGGACGGUACACAGUAUGGUUAUGUCAGAAUCAGAGACUGUCCACAUGGAGGCAAAGGUGAUGCUAAAAGAAACUGCAGCCAUGAGACAAGACUUUGGGACGAACCAGACUUUACUAACUGUACCAGUUCAGGCUUAACAAAAUUAUUGGAACAGAUUAGACUAAUAGAAGAAGGAAAGUUGAAACUGAAUCCAUUUGUAGCCAAGACCACCAUGAAAACUUUAGCUGAAUCAUUACAAGCUGCACAAAUAUUGUUUGGUCAGGAUCUAGAUAUUACUUAUAGAAUUAUAAUGACUUUAUUGGACUAUGAACUUAAGCAGACGGGAAUGAAUCUUACAUCAGAACAAGAUGGCAAAUAUGUUCAGAAUUUACUUGAUGCUUUGAGCGUUAUUUUGGAUCCCCAAUACAGUGAGGAUUGGAAAAGACUACAAACAUCAGAUGUUCUCCUUCAGAAAUUAGAAACUUACACUGAAAAGUUACUAACUACUUUAGAUGAGCUACAUAAAAUACCAUAUAGUGUUGUAUCUGCACGAGUUGUGCUAAUGAUGGAUACUGUGAAUAAAAGUAACUUCAGCUCAUUAGAAAUCCCUAAGUUUGAUAAUAUUGUACAGAAGUCAACUUAUGAUGAUGAAACACAUGUAGAUCUACCUAGUGCUGUCCUGUUUUCAGAACAGUCUGUUACAGCUGAGGAGAAUCCUGCUUUGUUAUCUCAGAUAUUUGAGAACAGACAUGUGCCACAGUCUCAUAUAGCUUUUGUAAUGUAUAAAACCCUGGGGAACCUAUUACCCAACAGAUACCAGGAGGAUGUCAGAAUUGUCAGUGAUAGACCAGUCAACUUAAAUGGUCCAUUAGUUACAAUUAAGAUACGGGAUCAAGGGCAGAUUCAUAGUGGUGGUUUAAAACAACCUAUCAAACUCACUUUCAAACAAGCUGCCAAUAACAAUCGUACAGAUCCUCAGUGUGUUUUCUGGCAGUUUAAUGGAGGGGGUCAGUGGUCAAACCAGGGUUGCACUGUAGAAAGCAGAUAUGAACUUGAUGUCAAAGAGGUAAAUCCAGAAGACCCUACAGAUGUCAAGGUUAUCAAACAGAUGUAUGUAGUCUGCUCCUGUAAUCACAUGACCAGUUUUGGAUUAAUGAUGGAUGAAGCUGAAAAAGAGUAUGUAGCAGAAGGGGCCGUGUCAUUAGAAGUGGUGUGUUUUAUUGGUGUUGGACUGUCCAUGCUCGCUCUCUUAGUGACAUUUAUCAUUCUUGUGUCCUUCAAACAUAUUCAGUGUAAUUCUAACACCAUCCUGAUCAACCUAGUGUUUGUUAUCUUUCUGGCAGAACUGGCAUUUGUUGUUGGAGUGUAUAGAGUAGAAACUAAGCUACAUGUAUGGUGUAAACUGGUAGCUAUAGCUCUUCACUUCUUCCACCUAUCAGCAUUUUCCUGGCUGUUUGUUGAGAUGCUCCACCUUUACAGAAGACUUGUAGAGAUUAGAGAAAUUAAUUAUGGUGCAAUGAAAUUUUACUAUCUUAUUGGUUAUGUUGUACCAGGAAUUGUGGUUGGAUUUUCUGUUGGGUUAUACACUGAUGCUUAUGGUACAUCUCAAUUCUGUUGGUUAGACAUCACACAGCCAUUUAUAUGGACAUUUGCUGGACCUGUCAUGGUUGGUGCACUGAGCUGUAUUGUUGUUACCAUCUUGGGAUUCCAUGCAACUACAAGAGAAAAGGUUCAUGUCUCAAACAUUUCAUCACACAGAUGUAGAAUAUUAUGUGGAGUAUUUCUGCUAUUGUUACUAGGAUUAAACUGGAUAAUAGGACUUCUGUCUGUUAACUAUGAUUCUACUGCCCUAUACUAUGUCUAUGCUGUAGUUGUAAUGGCUCAGGGAUUGUUCAUGCUCUUAGCAUAUGUUAUAGGUGACACAAAGGUGAGAGCUCAAGUAAGAAGACAGUGGCUCAAAUGUCAAGGUAGAAAUAUCAAGUCAGAAGAAAAUCUCGUUGGAAAAGGUGUUCCUGUCUCUCGGUCAGCUUUAGCCUACAGAAAUGAAGCAUCAUAUGAGGGCACUAUAAAUAGAACAAGUGUUGGUAUAACAGCCUCCUCCACAACAAGUCGCUCAACGAGUAAGAAUAGUGGAGGUUUAUAUAAAGGUGAAGAUUACCUCUGUAGUACUACCUCCACUUCAGGACACAUCCCUGGGUCAUUGUAUCCCAACAAAAAAACAGCAUUGACACCAUAUGCUUAUGAUCCAAAGGCUUACAUGCAGAAAAGAUCGAAGGAACAAGAAAUUGAUGAAAAUGGGAGAGUAAAACAUCCUAAUGAUUCCGAUUCUGACAGUGAUGCAUCGGAAGGAAACAUUAGUUUAGAGUUAGCAUCCAGUCAUUCAUCGGAUGAAGAUGACGAUGAUGAUAACAUUACCUCGUGGGAAAAACAAAUGUCCAAAAAUAAAACUGUUGAAGAUGCAAAAGAACAAAUAAGGAAAAAGAAAAGAGAGAAAGAAGAUGCAGAUAAACAACUACCAGUAACAGAUAAUGAACAGAUGUUUAAUAAUAACCCACAGUUUAACCAUUGGCCUGGAGAUCCACAUCUGGCCAAUCACCAGAUCAACGAGUCAGACUUCCGUCCAGCUGACCCGUAUAGUAUACAACACACGAUGUCGAGUGUUCCACCAGAUGUGACCUUACAUGCUCAGGAAUUCCAAGGUAGUGGAGACUACUUAGCUAGUAGCCAUUAUACCAGUAGUGACUUUGCUAGUACAAGCAAUGAUUAUUCUAGUUUGUAUACAGGCAGUCAUGAUCAACCCAGCAGCACAGUACAAAGUAGCAAUGACUAUGAAAGCAUUAAGGACUAUCAGCCUCCCAAAAAAAUAGGCUCCAUACGAAUGGGGGUAUUUUCUAGAUAAAAUUAAGAUUAGGAUAGAUAUUCAUGAAAAGAACCCACAUCAAAAUGGUUUACUAUAAACAAGUGAAAUGGUAGAAAGUCUCAAAAAUCAAAUCUUUAUUCAGAAGUAUAGGGCAUUUGAUACAAAUGAUAAUCAUUAAAUAAUGGCAUGUAUUAUGAUAGCCAUGGUAAGGGAUUUCUUAUCUUCUCUUGAUAAUCCCAUGACAAAAGCAUUAUUUAAAACAAUCAUACUUCAUUAUCAUGCAAGUUCUCUCACACAAAAAGUGCUUUGAUUUAUGUUUAUAUUUUUUUACCACUUAUAAAUGCAUGACAGAAUAUAUUGGCCUUAAACUUUCAAAAUACAUUCCUUAUAGGUAGGCUGUAAAUAUUGCCAGUAUUCCUCAUACAUUGCACAAUAAGUGUCUUUGUUGUCUGUUGAUCAGUGUAUAUAUAUUAUUUAUUUUGUUGAAAUUCUACAUGUGAUAUAUUCUGUUGCUUUUUUCCAUUGAAUAGUUUAAAUGUUUAUGCUUUUGCAUUCUUUUUUUGUUGUAAAUAUAUUGAUAAAUGUUGUAAUUUAUAUUAUAUGUGUAUAUAUAAGUAUCUUAUGUAAAAUUAUUCCUGACGAAAAGGUAAAGUAAGGAGGAGGAUUUAUAAAAUCUAAGUUAGUUCAUGAAGAGUAAAUUUAAAAAAGAAAAAAAAAUAUUUGACAUAGUUUUAACACCAUUGUUUGCCUUUAUGAAUUUAGGUCACAGGGACUAUAUUAUACCUCCAACUAGAACGGACAGUUUAUUGAAUGACUCUAGCAGUAUUAGUAAAGUAUCGUCUGUCAUGGGCAAUCUGCCAUCAGAACGAGUCAAAGUUCAAGUGCUAACUCACAAUGGCAGUAUAUCAUCUGACUCUGAGUAAGUGUAAGUGGAAUAUCAAAUUUUCCCAAACCAAAUUCUUGGGUUUUGUAUAAUGUCAAAAUUUACUUGAUGGCAAAAUUGUAAGAGGAACAAAAGAUAUUGAAAUGGUUGAAUAUGAAUUCGAUAAACAAAUAAAAAAGAUCCAGAUAUUGCACUGAUUUAUGCUAAAUAGUCUAUAAGAUUCAGAAAUUCAUUAAUUAAAAUUUUGAUUUAAUUUCCAAUAAGGAGAGUGUUGUCAACAACAAGAUUAAUACAUGUCAUUUCAGUUUGAUAUUGUAUGGGAAAUUUCUAUCAGAGAACAGAAAUGUGAUGCACUAAUAGUUUCUGAAUCUUUAGACCGUAUUAUCUGAAAGUAUCAUAUGAUAAUGGCGAUUUUAAAGUUUUGAAUAAGGAUCAAUAAAACAUCAAUAUGCUUCAGAUAUUGCUAAUAAGUAUGAUAUUUUCAGAUUUAUUUAUUUGCUUUCCUGAAACACACUUGUAUUUGCAUGCUAUUAUCCAAUUCCUGUUUAAUGCAUUUGCUGUUGUUCAACCUUGAAUGUUCACCAUGGUCUGAAGUCACACAGAACUUUACACACAAUUGUUACACUGUCACUCACAAGUAUUAGAAGGCAACAGUGAUGAAUUUACUUGGUUUUUAUUUUGAUACAAAUUUGCAUGACAUAUUUUGUUCUUAAUUAUUAAAUGGUAGCAAACAUAAGACAGUCCUUAAAAUUGAUUUACAGGUGUUUUUAUUUUUUGAUUAAUGAAAUACUUGCUCACAAAAAAUCACAUUUUGUGUCUCCAUAAAUUUCUCAUUGCUGAUCUUUCGAGCAACGAAUAAACAAACAAGUUAAAUGAUAUUCUUGUAAGGAAGCAGUUAGCUUCAAAUUUCAUCUAUGUUGAAGUUGAACAUAAGUCAGUCUUAAUGAUCAUUUUAAACAUUUUGUUGUAGUAAAUAUCUGAUUGCAAAAAAAAAGGUUUCAAAAGAAUGUUGAAUAUAUUUUGGAAAAUAUCUAUAGAUAUGGAAAAUCAUUCUAGUAUUUUUAUCAAAAGAUUAUAUACAUUAAAAUAUGAAUAAAACCUCUGUCUGUUUUAUUUGUCUGCUACCAUAUCAAUUUUUAUUUAAAACUUUUUUGCAUGAUAGCAUGAAUGCAUGAUGUUUUGUUUCGUAACUUUUUGUUCUGUUUAUUUUGUAGAUGCAGCAAUGAGACCACAGUAUAACAGUUAAUAGAGACUAAAUGCCAAAUCAAGUGUCAUAAACAUUGAUCUCAAUGAUAAUUCAUUCCCAUUUAAAAUGAAAUCUCAUGUAAUUCAUUCCAUUUUAAUGCUCAUUUAGAUAGAAAUCCAGUUUUAAUUGUUAGAUUCUUUUUCUUUGCUCUAUACUGCCUUUGUGAGAGCGGCAACAUAAAUGGUGCUCCCAAUCAUUUAUUUUCCCGGUAAUACAUAUCAUUCAUCUAAAUACAUAAUCAAUUUUACAAAUAUGAAAUGUGAUAGAAUUGUUUUUUAAAUUUUUUUUUGUUAUACAAACCUGUGAGAUAGCUUGACAGGUUAAUCAUUGAAAUCCAAAGAUAAAAAUCCAGAAUUAAUGUGCUAUGUUUUUUUCAAUGAUCUCUUUAUAUAAUUUAUACUUACAAUGGUGUAAUACAGUAAGAGUAUUGUAACUCUUUCAUAUAAACUAUCAAUGCUCGCCGACAAAAGGAACAAUUAAGAUAUUUUUGCAUAGGACAUUUUUUCCUUCCACCUUGCAUUUAUGCAAACAAAAUAACGUUAGUUGUUCAUCCUUUAAAUUGACAUUCUUACAUCCAUUUAAUUAAUCGUAUUUGUUUAAAUGAUCCAAACUUAAUAUCUUGUGUUGUUGUUUUAUAUUGUACUCGAUAUCCACUGGCAAUAAAUAACAAGUGGAUAAUUGGAAGUCUGUGAUUUAUAUAUAUUAUAGGUUGUGUAUAAGUGUAAUGUAUGUGUAUAUUGGAAUAUAUGUGAAUGAAUGAUGUGAAAGAAAAAAAAAUUGAGUGAUAUUUUUGAAUGUGAUAUUUAAUGUGAAAUGUAAAUUUUUAUAUAUAUGAUUUUUGCUUUGUAUAAGGAGUUGUCUUUAUAUGAGCUGCCUUUUAUACAAAAUACUUCAAAAGUAAUAAAAAUAAUAAUAUG